AUGUUUCUGGUUGGCGAAGGCGUGCCGAUGAACGGGACGACGCGGACCAUGACGGCUCGGAUGGCCCUGGCGGGUACAUUGUACCGGCUGUUGAUGCGUCAGCUAUGUGUGGGUGACCAAGCUGUGGAGAUCGGUGGCGGUCAAUGCCCUAUGUUGGAGUGGAAGUGGGAUGGAAAGGUGGAUGGAGGGAAAGGGGAGUGUGCGAGAGAGGGGUAUUGCAAGUGGCGUACGGGCAUGAGUCUGUCUUUGGAGCCGUUUAGUACGGAAGCAUACACCGUGGCUAGCGGCUUGCAUGAGGGUGAAAUUGCAGGGCAUAGUGUAAUGGGUGGUGUGGUGUACUCACGGAUCUUCCACAAGGUCUUUGAGCCGGUGGCCUCGGUAGUUCACAAGGCUUUUGUGGAGGCGGUACGGAAGGAGUUGGCUCCGUACGUACUCUUUCUGGGAGAGUUGGAGCGUGACCUGGCUGCGAUGGAGUCAGAGUUACAUCUGGAGCGAGUCACAGGCGGGUUGCCAUCUGCUAAGCUGGCCUUUUCUAACGCCUUGCUGCGCCGGGUUUUGGUCAAGGUCAAACCUGGACUGAAGCUGGUGUAUGUGCUCACCUCCCUGGCCACUUCUGUGGGGGCGCAGACGGGUGGUCAAUUGCUCGAGACACUGUAUCGCCUGCUUUAUACAGGAGACCCGACUUGGGACGAGCUCGCUCGCUCGGUCUUCGUGGCUAGCAGCAAACCCUUUUUGGACUUUGCCACGGUCUGGCUGGAAGAGGGAGACUGCAGCGGGGACGAAUACGACGAGUUCUUUGUUAAGAAGAACGAACGAGUCACUACUGACCAGUAUUUCGCCGAAUGGGAGAAUAUUUACCAGGGCAGGUUGCACCGAAUUCCAGGAUUCAUUCGAAACGGUCUUGGCGGCAUCAGUCAACUGCAGGACAUACUGGAGGUCGGGAAAGCGGCUGCACUCAUUAGACACGUUAACGGCCCAGGCUGCUUCCACAAGAACCUAUCGAGCCACCCCGUCGUUAACAGCCACCCAUCAAACAACACGGACCAAGAAAUCACCAAGUCCAUCUUCCACAGACCACUUCUUGAUGGCAAGUACUUCGAUCGAUCUUCACGACUCGCCACCGACCAACCUCCACCCGUCGUGAAAGAGGUACCUCUCUAUACCGCAGACAGAUACCGAGGAAGGGACCAGGAUUAUACGACGCUAUUUAACUGCUUAAAAAGUUGUAUGCUACUGAGUGCCGGCGAUUUUGCCACCACUCUGAUAGAGAAGACCACCGAGAUAGCCGUCAAAAAUAAAGUGCCUGACGAGGUCUCUCAAGGAGAGCUAUCUUACUGCUUAGAGCAAAGCAUUAAGACCAGUAAUGUUAUAAGGCGCCAUGAUCGCGAGAAGCUAAAUCGAUUGGAGUGUUACCAUUUAAAUGCAGACCUUCGAUUUGGGUCUUCGGUCUGGGACUAUGUCACCAUAGAUUAUGACAUUCGCGAUUUACCCCUUUCAGUUUUAUUGCCCAAGACCUUAAUGAUUCAGCUCCGGAAGAUAGCCGCUUUCAUCUGGAAACUCAGGCGAACAAUAUACCAACAGCAUGCUUCUUGGGUCUCCGUCAUGAAAAAUGGGUUCUUGAUGAAAUUCCCCGAAGUCAACGGACUACUGAACGAAGCGCAGUGUUCAAGAGCAGAAUGUCUGAAAGUCCUAGCCAGGUUCGAGUAUUUUAUCUUUCAUGAAGUCAUGGAUCCCAUGUGGAAGGAGUUGACCGAAAUUUUGCAGGAUGAUCCCUGGCCUGACAUCAAUUCAAUCAGAAAGAUUUUUGGCGCUUUCAUUCAGAAGUUUAGAUCUCAUUCCAUGAUCGACGCACACGUGUGCGAUGGGAGCGCUACAAACAUUAUUGGCCAAGAAACAAUCAAUGACACGCUAGAUCUCUGCAAUGAAUGCGCUGUCAUCUUGGACACGCUGCAUAUGGCUGCUUAUGAGCUCGUUGUCGACAAAAUUCACUCCAACGCCGAAGGUUAUAUGAGCUUGGAGGAGAUAGACCAGCAAAUUGAGCAAGACCGGCAUUGCUUUGAAAGCGAGCACUUACCGCUCCUGGAAGCUUGGAGGGAGCAGUGGGACGAGUGCUACGAGCGAUUUCAACAUCUAUUCUGUUAA